CCUGGCUCACCAAACACAUCAGGAGGAAAAAAUGUCGGAGGAUGGGAGAGAAGAGCUGGUGGGUACUGACGACGAUUCAGAAAACAUGGCUGUCGACGGGAGCUUAAACAACACGAUGGUGGAAGAGGGCUGCACUCUCCUGGGCAGGAUGGAGAUCUGUGUUGCUGAGGCUGAGAAAAGGAGUGGCAAAAACGCAGUGAACAUGCAGGAAACGUUCACCGUGUACCUCAUUGAAACACGGCCAAUGGAUGCAGUUGCUGAUGGUCGGAACCCAGCCCCUGACUCUCUGUGGAGACGAUACAGUGAAUUUGAACUCCUGCGGAACUACCUAAUAGUUACCUAUCCAUACAUCGUGGUGCCCCCUCUGCCUGAGAAGAGGGCAGAGUUUGUGUGGCACAAACUGUCAGCAGACAACAUGGACCCAGACUUUGUGGAGCGCCGUAGAGUUGGGCUGGAGAACUUUCUGCUUCGUGUGGCUUCCCACCCUGUCCUCUCUAAUGACAAGAUCCUUUACCACUUCCUCACUGAGGAACAGGGCUGGAAGGAAGUGGUGUAUGAGACAGGAUUUCAGGCAAAGGCAGACUCCUGGCUGAGAGCUCUGAGUGCCACCUUUAGGGUGAGAAAUCCAGAUAAACGCUUCAUGGAGAUGAAACAGUACAGUGAUGAGCUGCAGUCUCAUGCAUCUCAGCUACUCCGAGCAAGAGCAAAGGUGGCUGAUCGACUCUACGGUGUUUAUAAGGUCCAUGGGAACUAUGGAAGAGUCUUCAGUGAGUGGAGUGCUAUAGAGAGAGAGAUGGGAGAUGGACUGCAAAGUGCUGGUCAUCAUAUGGAUGCAUAUGCUGCCUCAAUAGAUGAUAUCUUAGAAGAAGAGGAACAUUAUGCAGACCAACUCAAAGAAUAUCUCUUCUAUGCUGAGGCUCUGAGGGCAGUGUGCAGAAAACAUGAGCUGACCCAGUUUGAGCUUGAGAUGGCCUCCCAGGACCUCAUCUCCAAGAAGCAGCAACGCGAGGAGCUGGCUACAGGGAUAGUGCGGACCUUCUCCUUCAAAGGCAUGACCAACAAGCUUUUUGGCCAAGAGGCACCUGAACAGAGGGAGGCCAGACUGAAGCUCCUGGAAGAGCUAAUAGUAGAGGGCGAAGAGGCCGUCAAAGAGAAGACAGUCGAGUGCGAAGAGCAUGUUGAAAGGGCCUGGGUGGACAUGCAGCGCUUUAAGGAGCAGAAAGACAAAGACCUGCGAGAAGCACUCAUAAACUUUGCUGUCAUGCAAAUCAGCAUGUGUAAAAAGGGAAUACAAGUGUGGAGCAAUGCCAAAGAAUGCUUCCUCAAGAUGUAAAGUUGAAGCCACAUUCUAAGGAUUUCCACCCUCAUGCUUAGCUGCAGAUGCAGGCACAUAAUGCCAAUGUCUUGGGGUCAAGGUUUGAAAAAAAAACCACACUAAAGGCACAAAAUGCACAUAAAGAUAAUAUCAUUUCAAGUACUUACAUUAAAGCAUCCAUAUGCAGAUAAUGUGUAAUAGUGAAUAGCUUCUUGUGAAGUGAAAAAGGUGCCAGAUCACACAAAGCACAUGACCAUUUUCUUUAACUGUAAACUGGCAUGCCACCAGUUUUAUAUGUUACAGUCAAUUAACAAGAUGUGGUAUUAGGAAAUGAAUCUUGGCAGUUUACAUUAAUGUUUAAAUGAACUAAAGUCAAAGUCAUGUUGACGCUGCCCAAGCUUGUGUUGUACUCAUGUACAACAAAUUGCGCAUCAUGAUGCUCUGUCACAGGAUUUUAUUAGAGUUUCACUGAAGUAAAUCUUAUUUUUUAUUAACUGAAACUUUUUCAGUCGGAAAAAGGUGGAUUGCCCUCUCCGGGUUGGGUCCGGGUUGCUCCCUCAAGUGGAGCAGUUUAAGUAUCUCGGGGUCUUGUUCACGAGUGAGGGAAAAAUGUGCAAAUGUUGCGGCAGGUUGACAGACGGAUCGGUGCCAGUUUCCAGUAAUGAGGUCUCCGUUGUGGUGAAGAAAGAGCUGAGUCAUAAGCCGAAGCUCUCAAUUUACCGGUCAAUCUACAUUCCUACCUUCA